CAGAUGCUCAUUUGUUGGCGCCAGCGCCAACUGGAAACGAGUUUAAUUUGGGCUCGGAACCGACUCGACAGCAACCUCCAAAACCAUGUCUAGACGAAGUGGUCGCCUGCAGAAAAGAUCUGAAAAUGCUCCAGGGCAGAAAAGCAAAGUAACUAAGCAAAGCAACAGAAAAAAGUUCCAGCCCCUGUCAAAGCUGCAGUGUGAGAAGAACUAUACAGUACUUGAGUGCGUGGCUGAGCCUUGUGUUCUCAUCAAAGCUGCUGUGAGGGGAGUGGACUGCGAGGCCGUUCUCACUGCCACACACACCCUGGUUCAGCCGUCCCCUCUGCCUCCUCUUGGAUGGGGAUCUCCUGAAGACGUGUGGGUGAAGAUGGUGGGCAGGGAGCAGAACUACACACACAGCAAGAGCUUCAUGCAGAAACACCCCGCGAUACAGCCCAGAAUGAGAUCCAUACUGCUCGACUGGUUAAUUGAGGUGAGUGAGGCCUACACUCUCCACCGGCAGACGUUCUACCUGGCUCAGGAUUACUUCGACCGCUUCAUGUUGACGCAGGACAACAUUGAGAAGAACAUGCUGCAGCUCAUCGGGAUAACCUGUCUCUUUAUAGCAUCCAAGAUGGAGGAAGCCUGUCCUCCCAAGCUCUCACAGAUGGCCUAUGUGACUGCAGGGACUUACUAUGAAGAGGAGAUCCUGCAGAUGGAGCUCAUCAUAUUGAAGGCACUGAAGUGGAGCCUUUGUCCUGAAACAGCCGUCUCCUGGCUGAAGCUUUACUUCCAGAUGGCAUCCAUGAGCACAAACUCUGACCUGCUGGAGUCGCAGUUUCCACAGGAGGCUUACGUGCAAAUGACACAGCUUUUAGAUUUGUGUAUCAUCAACAUAAACUCUCUGGUCUUUGAGUAUCGAGUGUUGGCUGCCUCGGUGCUGAGUCAUUUCAUUCAUCAGGAAACAGUGGAGAAAGUUUCAGGUCUGUGCACACACUCCCUGCAGCAGUGUGUGAGCUGGAUGGCCCCCUCUGUGGAGGCAGCUAGCUUUUUUGGCAGAGUAGCGCUGAGAGACUUUGUCAGUAUAAAGAAAGAAGACCGACACAACGUCCAGACGCACCUGGACUACAUGAGCAUGCUGGAGGGCGUCAAUCAAAAGGAAGUGAGCGGACAGUUCCUCACUCCGCCCAGCAGCACAGAGAAGAACGUCUCACACUGAAGCUCAAGAGGAAGACUCUGAAGAGUGUGAACCAAGAGGGCCGGGGUUCAGGUCCCAACCAGAAGAGCUGGAAACAGCUCCGUCAGCAGAGGCAGACGGACUGUGAACCCGAACACUGAAGAGUUCACUCCACGCCUGCUGAACUCAAAUGUCUCUGAAUGCAUUAUCCACGCUCAUAUCUUUCUAAAUUAUUGGCUAAAGCUUUUUUUGCUUGAUUUUAGCAACUGGGUGCUUUAAUUCCGAAAUUAAUUUUAUUCAAAGAGUGGAAUUGUCAUUUCUAGGAAAUGAAAGUGAUGUGCAAUUGUUUACUUUUGUAGCAUAUGAAAUAUGUUGGUAGUCAGCAGAUCAAAUCUUUGUAACCCUGCUUCAGGGUCAGAUGAAAUGUGUCAUUGUUUUCAAAUGGAUGACUGCCACUUCUUCAGUAUGACUUUGUAGCUUGUGAUGAACCUUAAUGAAAGCUCCAGCUGAUGGAGACAUAUUGUUGCUGUUGUGAUCCAGCCAUUGUUUGUGUGACUCAGGGCCAUGAGGAGUCAGUGAUUUAUUUUCUUAUUCUCAUUUUAAAUGAUUGCAUGUGUACAAAUGAGCAACUGUAUUUAUUUUAGAAGUUUAUUUUCGACCACAAAAUAAAAAAUGUACAUUCC